AUGCGAGCGGUGCUCGUUUUGUAUUUCAAAUAUUUCCUGCAAUGGGAUGACAACUUGUCUACAGCCAUCUACCACACGUUCGUUGCACUGUGUUACUUGACACCGAUCCUUGGAGCGCUCAUUGCAGACUCUUGGCUGGGAAAGUUUAAGACCAUUGUCUCCCUGUCCAUUGUCUACACUAUUGGGCAGGCAAUCAUGUCUGUGAGCUCCAUAAAUGACCUGACGGAUCACAACCGGGAUGGCUCUCCCGAUAAUGUAUCAGUGCACAUUGCUCUGUCCAUGAUUGGCUUGAUCCUUAUUGCACUUGGUACUGGUGGGAUCAAACCUUGUGUGUCAGCAUUUGGUGGAGAUCAGUUUGAAGAUCAUCAGGAAAAACAAAGAACUAGAUUCUUCUCUAUCUUUUAUUUGUCAAUUAAUGCUGGAAGUCUUCUAUCUACUAUAAUCACCCCAAUUCUCAGAGCUCAAGAGUGUGGCAUUCAUAGCAAACAGAGAUGUUACCCACUGGCUUUUGGAGUUCCUGCUGCACUCAUGGCUGUCGCCUUGGUUGUGUUCAUAGUUGGAAGCAGAAUGUACAAGAAAGUUCAACCUCAAGGAAAUAUAAUGAUUCAAGUUUCCAAAUGCAUUGGAUUUGCCAUCAAAAACAGGUUUCGACAUCGCAGCAAGGAGUUCCCCAAGAGAGAGCACUGGCUAGACUGGGCGAGUGAGAAGUAUGACAAACGACUGAUUGCUCAGACUAAGAUGGUGUUGAAGGUGCUUUUCCUUUACAUCCCUCUCCCCAUGUUCUGGGCGCUUUUUGACCAGCAGGGGUCAAGAUGGACACUGCAGGCCACAACAAUGGAUGGGAAUUUUGGAUCUAUUCAGAUUCAGCCAGACCAGAUGCAGACUGUGAAUCCGAUCCUGAUUAUUAUAAUGGUCCCAGUUGUGGAUGCUCUGGUUUAUCCUUUAAUCAAGAAAUGCAAGAUCAAUUUUACGCCCCUGAGGAAGAUCACUGUUGGUAUGUUCCUUGCAUCUUUGGCUUUCGUUGCUGCUGCCCUUGUGCAAGUGCAAAUAGAUAAAACUCUUCCCGUUUUCCCUGCAGCUGGGCAAUCCCAAAUCAAAAUAAUAAAUCUAGGUACUAAUGAUGCAACAGUUCAGUUUGAACCUAAACUUCAGAGUGUGGAUGUAAUGUCUAUGAAGUCGACGGGCUACAUGACAUUUGAGACGUCUCAGUUGCAAUCAUUAAACAUAGCUUCUGGAAAUAAAACUAUAAAUGCAGUUGUCAAGUUGCCAGGGGGAAGCCGUCACACUCUUGGAGUUAAAAAUACUGCGACAGGCAUUGAUAUUAAAUGGCUGUUUGACAAUGUUACAUCAAAACCAGAAGAAGGAAAUAAUCUCAUCAGGUUCAUAAACAAUUUGCCUGAUGCUGUCAACGUCACUAUGGGUGACACUUCUUUUGGAACACUGAUGCCUCUUUCUGCUAGUAAUUACAACCUCUUUCCAGGAGGAAGAAAAGAUAAGAUUGUGGCUAUUGGAAAUUCAAUCCCUUGUUCAGUUACUUCAAAGGCAUUUGGCUUUGGCAGUGCCUAUACAAUUGUAAUUAACCAGUGUGUGGGAGACACUCUUAAUGUAACAUAUUCUGAAGAUAUCCCACCCAAUACAGUUCAUAUGGCUUGGCAGAUCCCUCAGUAUUUUAUUCUUACAUGUGCAGAAGUAGUCUUCUCUGUCACCGGGCUGGAGUUUUCAUACUCACAGGCCCCAUCUAAUAUGAAGGCAGUGCUGCAGGCAGGGUGGCUGCUGACGGUGGCUGUCGGUAACAUAAUUGUCCUUAUCGUGGCUGGAGCAUCCAAACUCAGUGAGCAGUGGGCAGAGUAUGUGCUGUUUGCUGCCUUGCUGUUGGCAGUUUGCAUAAUUUUUGCUGUCAUGGCUUAUUUUUAUACCUAUACUGAUCCUGAUAAACUUAAAAAAAAAAAAAAAAAAAAAAUCAGUGCUCCUGAAACCAUGCCAUGCUUCCUUGGUUCCUUGCUCAGGCAAAGCUGCUCGAAGUCCCCCAAAAUUCCACCUCCCCGGGAGUGGCGGGUCAUUUCUUACCACCAGGUGGCACAAAAAUACACCACAAAGGCAGGAAAAGCUGGGGGGAGCCUCAGAAAAAAACCCUCUUGCAUCCUUGCCUUCAUCAUUUUUCACUCGCAGUUAUCACAGCUUCGGGUUACCCCUAUGAAAACAUCUCCUGCAUCCAUCGGUAUCGCUUUUGAAGACCGUAGGGCUGCUGUGUGUUGA